AUGUGGAGGCAGACCUGUGUCCUGGUCCUGCUUGCUCUCCUGGUGUCAGACGUGACGAUGGACCAGCAGGUGCACGAGGACGGAAUGGUGACUUUGGUGUCAGUGACUUUGGUGUCAGUGACUAUGGUGUCAGUGACUUUGGUGUCAGUGACUUUGGUGUCAGUGACUUUGGUGUCAGUGACUAUGGUUGACUAUGGUGUCAGUGACUUUGGUGUCAGUGACUAUGGUGUCAGUGACUUUGGUGUCAGUGACUAUGGUGUCAGUGACUAUGGUGUCAGUGACUAUGGUGUCAGUGACUAUGGUGUCAGUGACUUUGGUGUCAGUGACUAUGGUGUCAGUGACUAUGGUGUCAGUGACUUUGGUGUCAGUGACUAUGGUGUCAGUGACUAUGGUGUCAGUGACUAUGGUGUCAGUGACUUUGGUGUCAGUGACUAUGGUGUCAGUGACUUUGGUGUCAGUGACUAUGGUGUCAGUGACUAUGGUGUCAGUGACUAUGGUGUCAGUGACUUUGGUGUCAGUGACUAUGGUGUCAGUGACUUUGGUGUCAGUGACUUUGGUGUCAGUGACUUUGGUGUCAGUGACUAUAGUGUCAGUGACUAUGGUGUCAGUGACUUUGGUGUCAGUGACUUUGGUGUCAGUGACUAUGGUGUCAGUGACUUUGGUGUCAGUGACUUUGGUGUCAGUGACUAUGGUGUCAGUGACUAUGGUGUCAGUGACUUUGGUGUCAGUGACUAUGGUGUCAGUGACUAUGGUGUCAGUGACUAUGGUGUCAGUGACUUUGGUGUCAGUGACUAUGGUGUCAGUGACUUUGGUGUCAGUGACUUUGGUGUCAGUGACUAUGGUGUCAGUGACUAUGGUGUCAGUGACUAUGGUGUCAGUGACUAUGGUGUCAGUGACUUUGGUGUCAGUGACUAUGGUGUCAGUGACUUUGAUGUCAGUGACUUUGGUGUCAGUGACUUUGGUGUCAGUGACUAUGGUGUCAGUGACUUUGGUGUCAGUGACUUUGGUGUCAGUGACUUUGGUGUCAGUGACUUUGGUGUCAGUGACUAUGGUGUCAGUGACUUUGGUGUCAGUGACUAUGGUGUCAGUGACUCUGGUGUCAGUGACUAUGGUGUCAGUGACUUUGGUGUCAGUGACUUUGGUGUCAGUGACUUUGGUGUCAGUGACUAUGGUGUCAGUGACUAUGGUGUCAGUGACUUUGGUGUCAGUGACUUUGGUGUCAGUGACUUUGGUGUCAGUGACUAUAGUGUCAGUGACUAUGGUGUCAGUGACUUUGGUGUCAGUGACUAUGGUGUCAGUGACUUUGGUGUCAGUGACUACGGUGUCAGUGACUAUGGUGUGUCAGUGACUUUGGUGUCAGUGACUAUGGUGUCAGUGACUAUGGUGUCAGUGACUAUGGUGUCAGUGACUAUGGUGUCAGUGACUUUGGUUGACUUUGGUGUCAGUGACUUUGGUGUCAGUGACUAUGGUGUCAGUGACUAUGGUGUCAGUGACUUUGGUGUCAGUGACUAUGGUGUCAGUGACUAUGGUGUCAGUGACUAUGGUGUCAGUGACUAUGGUGUCAGUGACUUUGGUGUCAGUGACUUUGGUGUCAGUGACUAUGGUGUCAGUGACUAUGGUGUCAGUGACUUUGGUGUCAGUGACUAUGGUGUCAGUGACUUUGGUGUCAGUGACUUUGGUGUCAGUGACUUUGGUGUCAGUGACUAUGGUGUCAGUGACUUUGGUGUCAGUGACUUUGGUGUCAGUGACUUUGGUGUCAGUGACUUUGGUGUCAGUGACUAUGGUGUCAGUGACUAUGGUGUCAGUGACUAUGGUGUCAGUGACUUUUGUGUCAGUGACUAUGGUGUCAGUGACUUUGGUGUCAGUGACUUUGGUGUCAGUGACUUUGGUGUCAGUGACUUUGGUGUCAGUGACUUUGGUGUCAGUGACUAUGGUGUCAGUGACUCUGGUGUCAGUGACUUUGGUGUCAGUGACUUUGGUGUCAGUGACUAUGGUGUCAGUGACUAUGGUGUCAGUGACUAUGGUGUCAGUGACUUUUGUGUCAGUGACUAUGGUGUCAGUGACUUUGGUGUCAGUGACUUUGGUGUCAGUGACUUUGGUGUCAGUGACUUUGGUGUCAGUGACUUUGGUGUCAGUGACUAUGGUGUCAGUGACUUUGGUGUCAGUGACUAUGGUGUCAGUGACUAUGGUGUCAGUGACUAUGGUGUCAGUGACUUUGGUGUCAGUGACUUUGGUGUCAGUGACUUUGGUGUCAGUGACUUUGGUGUCAGUGACUUUGGUGUCAGUGACUAUGCUCUUACUGAUGACGACGCCUUCCAAGUGAUUUAUGAAGGUCAUGUGAUCAUCAAACCAGAGGAAUAUGUGAUUAAAGACUUCCAGCCCACAGUUCCUCCAGGAGACGGAGACGACUGA